CCGCGCGCGCGAAGCGCCGACCAAUGCAUUGUUGGUGCCAACGCGGAGGAUAUCGAGCCAUUUUUGCAGCAGUCGCAGCAUGGCCCACCUCGUCUCCGUGCGCAACCUGGCGCCGGGCAUCUCGGCCGAGAAGCUCCGGUCGGCCUUCAAGAAGUUUGGCAAGGUCGCCUCGGUCAACGUCAACGACGAUGGCACCGGCUCGAUCAUGUAUGAGAAGGCGAACAGCGCGUCGAGCGCGACGCAGUCGAUGAACAGAUCGGUCGUCUUUGGCAAGCGCUUGCAAGUGACCACAGGCGAAUUCAAGGAGGCGGCGGCGCCGGCUGGGGCGGCCCCGGUUGCGGAGCGGCGCGCCUUUCUUGGGCGCGGCGACAAGUUGAUCGCGUACAAGAAGUCCAGGACGCUCUGUGCCACGGUGUCCUUGGGCGGCGUGUGCACGCACGGCGACGACUGUCUCUUCAGCCACGACCCCGAGAACGCGCUCACCAAGUCGGACAACCUGUGCCGCAACUUUGCCAAGACGGGCAAGUGCCCCCACGGCGACCGCUGCCUCUUCAGCCAUGACCCGACGAUCGACAAGCGGUCGAUCUACAAGUGCCGCAACGUUGAGAAGUAUGGCGAGUGCACUCGCCCCGACUGCGCGUACAAACACCCGCACAAGCGCACGACCGACGCGCCCGAGCCGCCGGCCGCCAAGAAGCUCAAGAUCGCGUCCGUCCCCAAGAGCCAGCGCGCGCCCAUGCCGACAACGACAACGACAACGACGCCGGCACCAACGUCUGCCGCGUCGUCGAAGGCGCCCAUGUGCGCCGAGUGCAUCACGGCGCCGGCGACGCUUCUCUGCGCGCAGUGCGAAGAGCACUACUGCACGACGUGCGAUGCGACGGCCCAUGCGUCGCGCGUCAUGUCCAAGCACACGCGCACGGCGCUCGCCGUCCCUGUGGUCUGCGCCGAGUGCCGCACUAGCGCCGCGUCCGUCCGCUGCACCAAGUGCGAACUCGACUUUUGCUCGGGCUGCUCGUGGAAGAUCCACGAGUUCCGCGUCUUCCGCAGCCAUCGCCGCGAAGCUAUUGGCACGACGUCGUCGAGCGACGAGUCGGAUCAAGAAGAGAAGCAAGACGUCGAGAAGGUCGAAGAAGCCAAGGACGUGGCCAUGGAAGACGAAAGCGAAGAGGAAGAAGCCGCGCCAGUGCAAGCGACGCUGGUGCCCAAGAAGCCGAUCAUCCGACCGAUGCCCAAGAUGGUCCUCAGCGACGAAAGCAGCAGCGAAGAAGAAGAUGACGUCGCUGCCGUCAAGACGCCGGUCGCUGCCGUCAAGACGCCUGUCGCUGCGGUCAAGACACCUGUCGCUGCGGUCAAGACACCUGUCGCUGCGGUCAAGAAGCCCGUUGUGACGGAGCUGUCGAGCGAAGACGAGAGCGAGGACGAGGUCGCGCCGGCGCAAGCGGCUCCCGCCACAACGCUCAACAGUGAGAGCAGCGACGACGAAGAAGAAGAAGUGGUCGCGCCCAAGAAGGCUUUCGUGCCGGCAACGUUCGCCGCGGUGGCCGCCGCCACGGAGCUCAGUACGGAGAGCGACAGCAGCGACGACGAAGUGACCGCGGCGCCCAAGCAGGCGCUGCAGAAGGCGGUCGCGGCACCGGCCGCGUCGCUGAGCAGCAGCGAUGACGAGAGCGACGACGACGACAUCAAGGUGGUCAAGAAGGCGCCGCUUGCGUCCACGACGACGCACUCGGUCGUCAAGAAGAUCCAGAAUUACGCAGAGUCGGACGCGACGGACGUGCUGCAUCUGAGCCCGGACCUCAACAGCUACGAGCGGCUUUUGGCCCACGACACGGCCGAGAAGCUCGGGCUUGCGCACGUGAGCGUCGGCGACGGCCUCGACCGCCACAUCACGGUCUCCAAAUCGGCCCAGGUCCCCAAGGCCAAGAAGGCAUGGUCAAAGUCGCGCGCGUAAGAACCGCAACCCUGGCUACGAGUAUACUACAACUACACGAUGGAUCCCAAUGCAUUCUUUGAUACACAAACGCUUCGUCAUGCACCCUUGGCCUGCAUACGGAGGGUCGGGACAUUUGCGACCAG